AAGAUCACUUGGUGUGUUGUCGUGAAGUUUGGUGCAGAAAACCACUUUUCUGUAGGCACAUUGACGCUGACAUCUUUAUGCAACCAUGUCUUCAGAUGCAAAAGACAUCCCAUGGGGCCAGCUUGUGUCAAUCACAGAUCUCUUCAGUGAACCAGUUGAAAUCUGCAAAAAGAAAUUUACAAUAGGAAGAGCAAAAGGCUGUGAUCUUAGUUUUCCCGCAAACAAACUUGUAUCAAGCAGUCAUUGUUACAUUGAGAGAGAUGAAGAUGAUAAAGUCUGGUUACGUGAUACUAGCACCAAUGGCACACUCCUCAGAAAUACAGAAAAAAUUUUAAAUCAACGCAGACAUCUUGAACAUGGAGAUGAGUUUUAUUUGGUAUACAAGAAAAAUCAUCAAGAAUUAAACAUUGGCUAUGUUUUCCAAGACAUGGAGGCACUGAGAAACGAAGAUGAUGACUCAACACUGAGCUACAGUGAGAGGGUGGAUUCUACACUGCCAGAUGCUGAUGUCCACAAGGCUAUUAGUCUUAAGCCAGAUGGACCAGAGGAAGGAACCAGUGAAAGCCCAUGUUCAGUCAUGAAAAAACGGAAAAUAGAUGAAACCUCUUCAAAUCAGGCAUCCACAUCUGGGGCCAGAGAUGGUUACCAUGGCAACAAGGAAGGAUCCUGUCAGGAGAAGGCUGGUCAGACUCAGGUUAAGAAUCAGGAUAUGUAUAAAGUGGAAAAAUCAGAGACCAAAGAUGAGAAGCCAGAAACCAAUGAUGAGAAGGCAGAAACCAAUGAUGAGAAGGCAGAAACCAAAGAUGAGAAAUCAGAAAUCCAGGAUGAAAAAGAAGAAGCCAAACAUGGCAAAGCAGAAACCGAAGUUGAGAAAUCAGAUAUCAAAGAUGAGAAAACAGACAGCAAACCUAGUGCUGGCGACGCGAUUGCCGAGUCUCUUGUGUGUAUAAUCUGUCAGGAAAUUCUCCACAAUUGUAUCAGCUUGCAGCCAUGUCUACAUUCCUUCUGUGCUGGUUGCUAUAGUGACUGGAUGGACAGGUCAAACGAAUGUCCGUCAUGUCGAAUGAAAGUUCAACGAAUAAAUAAAAACCACAUGGUUGUGAAUUUGGUGGAGGCUUAUCUCAGGGAACAUCCAGAUAAGAAGAGACCAGAAGAAGACCUCAAAGAACUGGAUGCAAAAAACAAAAUCACACGAGACAUGCUGUACCCUAAAACCCUGCAGCGAAGAUCAGAUGAUUCUGAGGAAGGUGACUACGAACAUGACUCAGAGGCUUAUUCAGAUGAUGGAACACCCGAUGUAUUCCCCAGUCGCCUGGAAGUAGCUGGCAAUAUGAUGGGCAGGGCGCUGUAUGACCUGGGUGCCACCAUACAUGGGAGAGUGCACCCUCCAGCAACGAUGUGUCGCCAGUGUCCAGGUUAUGUCGAGCCUAAAGCAAGCAGAACAAACACGCCUGGUGAUGGCUCAGGGGCUAACUCAGGGGAGACAACUGCUGCUACAAGCAAUACAGCAACAACAUCCGCCCAACCGUCGACCAGUGGAACCACUUCAACCAAUCAGGACCCAGAUGAUAACAACAAGAUCUUACCCACGCCCCCACCCUACCAGUGUGGCGUGAACUCCACUCAUGUACUGUGCACGUGCUGCUAUCAGGUCAUGCCUGAUCGACGAAGUGCGCACCGCACCAACCCAGCGGUUCCUCCCAUGUCAUGCCUCAUUUGCUAUCGUAAUUACUGCCAUGCUUACUGGGGUUGUCGCAAAGCUGACUGUCGGGGAUGCUUCAACAAAUUUAAAGAUAUGAAUUUUGGAAAGAAAUGCCUGGGAAACCUUCUUCUGGACAAUCCUUAUGAGUCAAAAGUGUUAGCGGAUUAUUUGAAUGCCAGGUCCAUAUCUGUUAGGGACGUCCUGCAAAUCUGUCUGGAAAGGAUGGAGAGAGGAGAGUAUAUUUGUGAAGACCAGUAUCGCUAUAGGUUAUCAUCUAGCACGUACAUGUGUUAUUCCUGUGCCCUGAGGAACUUCAGAGACCUGGCGUAUUAUUACAGGAGAGACAUUCCCAGACAUCAGCUGCCAGACGCAGUGACAUCUAGACCAGACUGUUACUGGGGGAAGGACUGUCACACCCAGAAGCACAAGCCACAUCAUGCAGAACGUUUCAACCACAUUUGUGAUGGGACCAGGCAAACAUGAAAUGUCAACUUGUGUAGCAGUAUGCUGAUAAUGGCGUCCAAGAAUAGGCAGAUUAUGGGCUGGACAUUGGAGAUUGCUUUCAAGGGGAAUAACUCUUGACGCAACAAGAUGUGUAUAUAGAGGGCAAUAACUCUUGACACAACCAGAUGUGUAUAUAGAGGGCAAUAACUCUCCACGAGAGCUUAUUUUGAGAUGAACUAUAUAUGUCUUAGGAGUCCACUGUUUUGAGAAAUGAUCAAACAGGAUAUACUGAGAUAUCAUGUGCUACAUGUUUCGCUUAUUAGUGAUAAUCUUUGCAGAGAAAGGCAACUUCUGACAGAAAAAUGAAUUUAGUUGAAGAUUUAUUUAUUGUCUGUGGAAUUCUGUUUUUGGUGUGUAAAUAGUGCUGCUCAUUAGAUGUGACACCAACUCAAUCAAACAGCUUAGGCCAGGACCCAAAAAAUAUAGUGCUGCUUAUAACCUGUGUAAAAUGUGAAAAAGACCAUUUUAGUCUUAUUUGUGAUGUUUGGGGGUUUUUGGGGUAAAUUUAUAGUUUGAGGUUUUUGUUCUCCUUUUUUUUGUUUUUCCUUUUUUUUGGUGUUUUUUAUGCAUUAUCAAAGAUUGUGAUAAAAGUCCUUUUGUGAUCUGUGUCUUUCAAGGUAGACGUGUUAUAGAUAGGUAAGAGCCAUUUUUUCUCUGUCUGUGUAGUUGACCCUAUGUCAAAACCCUAUUGGAUCAGUGUUUGAAAAAAUAUAGUACUAUAGGCAAAGAUUGGACAGUAAAACAAAUAUGCA